CCUCUAAAAGUGGAUUGCUCAAAAAAGUGCAAACCUUGCAUAGAUGUGAAAUGUGUGCCCCAAAUUCAAUGCCCUGCCCACGUGCGCAUGAAGGGUCACGAGAAGCCUCCAAUAUGCGAUUUGCCCGCUGGUAAAUUUGGCUACUGUUGCCGAUCUGGCCAAAAUCAUACUGCAGGCGAUCAGAGCAAGGAGCGCAGAGUAUUCCGACCGUUGCCAUCGAUCUUGCCAGCAGCAGUGCUUGAGGAUGCGCGCAUUAGCUUCAAAAAUAUGAUGCACCAUGUUGCUGAGAUGAAAGUGCAUCGGGGUCUUCCAGAUUUCACACAUGGCCUUGUCUUUCACUCAACGCCCAAGGAGGAUUCUCAGAACUUUGCACUGUCCAACAAUGCAUUGGAGCAGGUGAUCACAACUCAAAUGUUUGGCAAGCAGGAGCAGGUGCCGCUCGAUGAUUUUAUCACCAACAAGGUGCAUGUUACCUUCUCCAAGACGCCUCUGGCUCAAAAUUGCCAACCACCGCCAAUCUGCCUGCAUCGGCAUAAUUAUCGCAGCAUCGACGGAACUUGCAAUAAUCCGAUGCCACAACGUUCACAUUGGGGCGCUGCUGGUCAGCCCAUGGAACGUUUGUUGCCGCCAGCCUAUGAAGAUGGUAUUUGGACACCUCGUAUUCAUGCCACAGAUGGCAGCCCGUUAACCAGUGCUCGCGACAUCUCUCGUGUGCUCUUCGACGAUGUGCAGCGUCCACAUGCCAAAUGCAAUCAGUUGACCAUGCAAUUUGGCCAACUGUUAGCUCACGAUAUCUCCCAGUCGGCAUCUGUGCGUCUGGAUGAGAAGGGCGGUCUAGUGCAGUGCUGCACAGAGGGCGGCAAGAGCAUGUUGCCUAAGGAGAAGACGCAUUUUGCUUGCUUGCCCAUCUCUGUGGCUCCAGAUGAUGAGUUCUAUGGUGCAUUUGGUGUACGCUGUUUGAAUCUGGUCAGAUUAUCGCUUGUGCCUAGUCCGGAUUGUCAGCUCAGUUAUGGCAAGCAACGCAGCAAAGUGACGCAUUUUCUAGAUGCCUCUCCUAUCUAUGGAUCGCAUGAACAGGCGGCGCUUGAGUUGCGUACUUUCCGUGGCGGACAGCUGACCAUGCACCACGAACAUGGUCGCGACUUGCUGCCUCUGACGGAUGACAAGAGCGCCUGUGGUGGCGGCGAGGCAGGAAAAACCUGCUUCAAAGCGGGCGAUGGACGCACCAAUCAAAUUAUCUCUCUCGUCACGUUGCACAUACUUUUUGGACGCGAGCAUAAUCGUGUGGCCAAAAUACUGUCGGAACUGAAUCCAACGGCAACCGAUGAAUGGCUCUAUCAAGAGGCACGACGCAUUGUGAUUGCCGAGCUGCAGCACAUCACCUACAAUGAGUAUCUGCCGGCAGUGAUUGGACCACAGCAAAUGAAACGCUUCCGUUUGGUGCCUCGCAACCAAGGCUACUCGACAGAUUACAACGUUGAUGUUAAUCCGGCCAUCACAAAUGAGUUUUCUGGCGCUGCUUUUCGCAUGGGUCACUCGAGUGUUGAUGGUAAAUAUCAUUUGCGCAAUGGAGGUAGCAUUGAAAUUCCAGAUGUUAUGUUUAAUCCUUCGCGUUUGCGUCAACCCGCCUUCUAUGAUGAUAUGCUGCAAACACUUUUCACUCAGCCCAUGCAGGAGGUCGACAGCUCUAUUACUCAUGGUCUUAGUAGGUAUCUGUUCCGCGGUGACAAUCCUUUUGGCUUGGAUUUAGCAGCAUUAAAUAUCCAACGUGGACGUGAUCAAGGACUUCGCAGCUACAAUGAUUAUCUGGAGUUGAUGGGUGCUCCAAAAUUACGACAUUUUGGUGUAUUCCCCAAAGAAAUUGCUGAUCGUUUGUCAUCGGUGUAUCGCUCACCAGAUGACAUUGAAUUGUGGGUUGGCGGUCUACUGGAGAAGGCGGUUCAGGAUGGCUUUGUGGGAAUAACAUUUGCUGAAAUUAUUGCCGAUCAAUUUGCACGCUUUAAGCAAGGAGAUCGUUACUUUUACGAAUACGAUGAGAAAGUUAAUCCAACUGCAUUUAAACCGGAGCAACUUCAGGAAAUUCGUAAGGCAACAAUGGCUCGUUUGAUCUGCGAUAAUGCUGAUCACUCAACACUGCAUGAAGUGCCUGUAGCUGCAUUCGUACAAGCUCAGUUUCCGGGUAACAAAAUGGUGUCGUGCAAUGAUCCAAAACUACCGAAAGUAAAUCUGAAAGCAUGGGCAAAUCAUUAAUUAUGAAUUAUAUUCGCAUUGAUAUUAUUAUUGUGCAACCAAUGUGAUAAAAUACUAAAAUAAAAGCGCAUUCAAUUGCAGACAAAACA